AUGCUACAUGCAGCCAUCAUCACCGCCACACUGCCAGUGACUACACAUUCGAUGCAGCUCAGUCGUGGAUUCUUCCAGUGGCAUCAAAGCACCGCCUCACUACUAUUGAAUGAUUCAGACGGGUCUAUCCUUGUUCACCCAGUCACCGCCUUGGGCUUUGUCACACAGACCGAGGUAUUGAAAUGCUCACACGCUUAUACCAUCAGUGGCCCCCUUAGUUAUGAAGUGGACACUGGCACCACUAUAAUCCAACACAAUGCUGGGACUCACGUGGACGUGGGUGAGUUCAAAGCUACCUACCGCCGUCUCGUCGGUCGUGCAACCCUCAGUGGUCUUGGCAGAAUUGCUGCUGUCAAUUUCAUUGAAACAACCGAUGACGUGUUCCAAUGGAACUUGGAAAUUGUGGCGACUCACGAUUAUUACCAUCCUAUACACCAGCUGAAGUUUUCACAGACUCGCCGCAGCUUCUCAUUUCAAGUCACAUACCAUUUUUUCCGCCACACCCCACCUCCUCGCAAAUGGGGCAAACUUACCGUUGGAAAGACUGUUUGGCUCCACGGUAAUAUCAUGAGUAAACAUACUGCAAGUGGGAAUUUUGUCGUCCACGCUGCUGACGUAACGGUCAUCAGGUCACUCAUCACGGCCUUUCAACGCUCUAAUUGUUCCACCCCUGCAGCAAACACUCCGGGAUGCGCAAACAACCAUCGAGUUCCCCCACCCCUUUAG